AUGGCUGUUGGAAAGAACAAGCGUCUAUCUAAGGGUAAGAAGGGUAUCAAGAAGCGCACAGUCGACCCCUUCACUCGCAAGGACGAGUACUCCGUGAAGGCUCCUUCCACCUUCCAGACCCGCGAUGUCGGUAAGACUCUGGUCAACCGCACCAGCGGUUUGAAGAACGCCAACGACUCCCUCAAGGGCCGUAUCUUCGAGGUCUCCCUCGCCGACCUCCAGAACGAUGAGGACCACGCCUUCCGCAAGGUCAAGCUCCGCGUCGACGAGAUCCAGGGCAAGAACUGCCUGACCAACUUCCACGGUCUCGACUUCACUACCGACAAGCUCCGUUCCCUUGUCCGCAAGUGGCAGACUCUGAUUGAGGCCAACAUCACCGUGAAGACCACUGACGACUACCUCCUCCGCCUGUUCGCCAUUGCCUUCACCAAGAGACGCCCCAACCAGAUCAAGAAGACCACCUACGCCGCUUCCUCCCAGAUCCGUGCCAUCCGCAAGAAGAUGGUCGAGAUCAUCCAGCGCGAGGCUUCCACCUGCACCCUCUCUCAGCUCACCCACAAGCUCAUCCCCGAGGUUAUUGGACGUGAGAUCGAGAAGUCCACCCAGGGCAUCUACCCCCUGCAGAAUGUCCACAUUCGCAAGGUUAAGCUCCUCAAGUCCCCCAAGUUCGAUCUCGGUGCUCUCCUUGCUCUGCACGGAGAGUCCGCGACUGAUGACAAGGGCCAGAAGGUUGAGCGUGAGUUCAAGGAGACCGUUCUCGAGAAUGUUUAA